AUGAAUUCACCAGCUCAACACUCUCUUGCCGGAAAACCCAUUGGCCUUAAUGGCCUUGGACUAAUGCGUCUGUCAUGGCACAUCGCACCACUCCCCGACUCCCAAACGUUCCCUAUCCUCAAAACUGCCCUCACAGCCGGCAUGACCGUCUGGAACGGCGCAGACUUUUACGGUACACCGGAAAACAACUCCUUGCAUCUAAUCAACCGCUACCUGACCGCCCAUCCCGAAGAUGCCGAUAAAUUCGUGCUAUGUAUCAAAAGCGGUCUUCUUGAUCAUGCAACAUUCAAAAUGGAUUGUUCACCGGAAGGACUGCGCGUAUUUGCGCAUCGGUCACUAGAAAUUUUGAGGGGAACUUUGACCAAAAUAGAUAUCUUUGGGCUUUCACGUGUUGAUCCUAAUGUUCCUGUGGAAGAGAGCGUGAAAGCGCUUGCGCAGCUACGAGACGAAGGGAAGAUUGGCGGCAUACAGCUUACCGAAGUCAAGGCAGAGACUAUCCGACGCGCAGCAAGCGUGACCAAAAUUGACAUGGUCGAAGCCGAAAUCAGUCUUUGGUCUACCGAAGUCUUUAGUAACGGAGUGGCAGAGGCAUGUGCUGAACAUGGCAUAGUUCUGGUCGCGCACACUCCUCUGGGAGGUGGUAUUCUGACUGGGAAGUACGAAUCAUGGGACGAUCUUCCCGCCAUAAUGAAACUCCGACCCCGGUUUGUGCCUGAGAAUUUUGAGAAUAACGUCAAACUGAUCAAAAAGGUCAAGGAAAUGGCAAGCUCAAAGGGGUGUACUCCAGCUCAAUUGGCGUUGUCAUGGGUUAAGAAGAAGGGUACUGAGCCGGGGAUGCCAGUCAUAGUGCCAAUUGCCGGUGCAAGGGCUCCGGAGACGGUUUUGGAGAAUGUGCAAGAUGCCGAGUUGACUGAUGCCGAUAUGAAGCAAAUUCAGGAUAUACUGCAGUCGUUUCCGGUGCAGGGUGAUAGAUGGCCGGCAGGGCCUGCAAAGCUCAAUGAGUACUGA